GAGGGGAGGGGGGUCGGUGGGGGAAGGCCGGCUAAAGACAGGUCUCCCCACACCGCUCCGCAUUUCCAGCCUGAGUCUGUCCAGACCUGCUUCCUACCUCAGGCCCAGGCCAACGGUCUGCUGCUGCCAUGGGCUCUGAGCUGGAGGCUGCGAUGGAGACCCUCAUCAACGUGUUCCACACCCACUCGGGCAAGGAGGGGGACAAGUACAAGCUGAGCAAGAAGGAAUUGAAGGAGUUGCUGCAAACCGAGCUGUCCGGCUUCCUGGAUGUCCAGAAGGACGCGGACGCUGUGGACAAGGUGAUGAAGGAGCUGGACGAAAAUGGAGACGGGGAGGUGGACUUCCAGGAGUACGUCGUGCUGGUGGCUGCUCUCACCGUGGCUUGUAACAACUUCUUCUGGGAGAACAGCUGAGCGCUCAGCCGCAGCGGGCGGUGUCCCUCCCCUCCACCCGGGCCCCCCUCCUCCCCCUCCCCCCCCCCCCCCCCCCGUGCAUUCCAACCCGCCGGUCCUUGACCAGCCCCAGCAUUCGUCAAGGGCUAGAGUGGCAGUUUAGGUCUGUAAACUCAUGUCAUUAAAGGCUUCUGUCUCGCCA